GAGCGGACCGUGCAUGAGAGGCAUGAGGCCUUCCUGGCCGAGGCGGAGCGUAUCCUUCGCGCAUGUAGCGGUGUGAACCCGCACAUGCGCAAGGACCAGCCCGCCCGGAGCAGCGGGCGCACCACAGCCGACUACCACUUCCGCGAGUCACUUCUCUACGCUUGUGCACUCUACCCCCGCAAGUACCCUAGUUGGCUGAUGCGGGUGGGCUGGCUCAUGGAGCGCAAGAAGGGCGCCAACAACCGCCUGCCCUCCGACUCGCAGCUGAGCCGCCACAAGACCGCAUACAAGAAGCAACACCCCGAGUACUUUGGCACAACUUGA